AUGCGAGGUCCGCAAAGUCCUCGCGAUCCGAGUCUUCGAUUCACAACUCGACUCACACCACCUUCCGGGUCAAAUCCAGCCUCUCCACACUUGCAAAGUAUGGGCGAAGGUGGCUCCCAGAACCACCCCUUCAACUUUAACAUGACCUCACCACCCGAUGCUCACAUGCCACAUCCUUCGCCAAGUGGUCUGAUGCCGUCAUCCCUGUUGAAUCCUCAACCAAGUCCGAUAGCCCACUUACCGGGACUGACAAACAUGCCGUACAUGGACGGACAAUCGGACACUGAUGGAAGUCCGUUUACGACGGCACACUCGCCAGCCGCUUUCAACUGGCCCGGAUCGCGGGAAAUGCUGCAACCAUCACUACGACCUGGCCAAAGUCCGAACCACAAGGCGCAGGGUGAGUAUUCUUCAUUGGUUUUUGUUAGCGGUUGA